CCCCCCCCGCGCUGCGCUCCGCGGCCACGGCCGGGGCCGCCCCGGGGCCGCCGCCGCCACCGGGAGCCCGGAGCGAGCGAUGCGGGCGCUGUGGGCGCUCUGCCUCGCCGGGCUGGCCGCGGCCCUCGGCAGCUUCUCGGCGGAUCAGUGCAGCUGGAGGGGCAGCGGCUUGUCGCAGGAGGCGGGCAGCGUGGAGCAGCUGACCCUGCGCUGCGCCGAGGGCUCCCUGGAAUGGCUGUACCCCACGGGGGCCCUGCGCCUCCGCCUGGCCCCCCGCCUGCCCCCCGCCACCGGCACCGGCAAGGGCAGGAGCCCCCGGCACGUCACCGCCUGCAUCAAACCCGCCGGCACUUUCCGGGGGGCUCAGCUCUACCUGGAGCGGGACGGGGAGCUGGAGCUGCUGCUGCCCGAAGCGGAGGCUGCCCCCCGGCCCCGCGUGCGCUGCUUCAGCUGGCUGCCCCGCGAGAAGGUGGCCCUGUUCCUGCAGGCCACCCCGCACCGCGACAUCAGCCGCCGCAUCGCCGCCUUCCGCUACGAGCUGCGGGGGGACUGGCUCGCCCGCCUGGCGCUGCCCGCCGCCAGCCUGCCCGCCGAAGGGGCGUGCCGGCCGUGCAACGACACCGAGCUCCUGAUGGCCAUUUGCACUAGUGACUUUGUGGUCCGUGGCAGCAUCCGCAGCGUCUCCAACGACGCGGAGCUGCAGGAAUCCAUCAUCGGGGUGAGCGCCAUCCGCAUCCACCGCCAGAAAUUCCCCCUCUUCCAGGCCGGGGGGCGGCCGGGGAGGGCGGCGGGCAGCAUCCGCACCCCCCUGCGCUGCGGUGUCCGGCCAGGCCCCGGCACCUUCCUCUUCACGGGGUGGCUGCAUUUCGGCGAGGCUUGGCUCAGCUGCGCGCCCCGCUACAAGGACUUCCAGCGCAUCUACGAGGGCGCCCGGCGCAGGCGGCAGAACCCCUGCGAGUUCCCCGUGGACUGAGCAUCUCGGGGAGGGGGCAGCCCCCGGUUUUGGGGCUGGGAGCAUCCCUGCUCGAGAACCCCUGGAAAAUGGUUCAUCUCGGCACUGUCCCCCCGCUCGCCCCGGGGGCAUCGCCACGUGGAGGGGACCUCUCGCCGUCCCCGGGGACGAUGGAUUUGCCAGCAAGGAUGGGCACAUAGGGACACGGGAGCACAGGAGCACGGUGCUUUGGUCUUUGCCUCAUCCUCGGGGCAGUCCCAUGAAAAUCCUGCAGGAAGGGGAGGGAUUUUCCCAGAUGCAUUCAAGUGGGCCUGGCCCUGGGGGGGAUGGGGGCUCCCUGUGGAUGAGGGCACGUGGGGACCCGCGCCCCGGGGGUGCUGUGGUCUUGGGGGUUGUGGGGACGCGGUGGGGCACGGCGGGUGGUGCAGGGGGGGCAGCUGUCCCCUGGGGGGGCUCUGCGGGUGGCAGGAGGAGAGCGGUGGCGUGGCUGGGGCACGGCGGUGAGAGCAGAAGUGUGGAAGGGGAUUGGCAACGUUGAGGGUGGAAGGGGGAGCGGGGUGAUGGCGAUGGAGAGCUUUGCCCUGGCCCUGCUGGUGACGCAGGGCAUGGGCGGGAGGGGCAGAGGAAGAGGAGCGAGGCUGAAGGAGUGAAUGUGAUGGUGAGGAGGGAGCAGAGGCAGCACGGAAGGGACUCUGGCAUGGCCACGGCUGAAGCAAAGUGUGGAGCAGAGGAGGGGGCACGGGGAUGGAAGCAGGGAGAGGUGGGGCUGUGCCACCGCCAGCGCGGGGACGUGGGGACGCGGGGAUGUGACCUCGUGGCAGCUCGCCACCCCGCCGUGCCAGGGCGCACCAGGAGGGAUUUGGGACCGUGGGGGCGCGGGGGGCAUUGUAUGUGCACUAAAGUGAUAACGAUACCAAAUUUGUGAUUUUGUUUUCUAUAAACUAAGCUGUAUUUGUGG